GCGACACGGCAUUGGACCUUUUCCAGUCCUCUAGUACCUUGCCGGGUCCCACAACUUUGUAACUGUUACUGCCGAGGGCUCUGAGAUCUCUGCCAGUUCCUUCAGUACCCCGGGAAAAUAAUCUUUUAAAGAGACUUUGAUCUAAAGUUGGAUACUUGUGUGUCUGUCGGAAGGAGUGCUCCUUUAUGAAAUGGCUACCGUGUUCAUGUGGCAGACAACGCUCUGCGGCUUAAAGGAGUAUGAAGGCGUCUCUAUCGCUUGGGACAGAGGCCAUGAGAUGAUCUAAUCAACCGCACACGAAUGAAACCAUUUUCAGGAAAAAGAAGUUUUGUCUAGCCCUUUGGCUUUCCUCGGUAAACUCAGGCUCUGAUACUGAUAUUAAUUACCUCUCGAUCUGCUGGAAUGGGAAAAGGAAACUGUAGUUAUCAGUUUUGAUUAAAUGCUCCGUGGGAGAAACCGUAAUGGUGUGAUGAGAGAUUUGGGACAAUUUUGAACCAGUCAAGAAAAAAAAAUCCAUUUUUUUUUCUUUUUUGACGCUUGUGGGCAAAAUUAAGACUUGCCCCUUAACAAGAGAGGUAACUGAAUUGCAGUGCUCGGCCUGAACACCUUCUGAUAAUAAAACUCCUUCUUUGCCUUAACCUGGGUUACUGUGUCACACCUUGCUGGCCAGACCAAGGAGCCCCCCAGGGAAAACCAUCACCAUGAGGAGGCGGCAUCUGAAAAUGUUCUCAUUCCUCUUCGUGUUCAUAGCGGCGAUGUCGUUCUUCCUGAACUACAAUCACUAUGAGGCCAUGGUCACCUGGGCCCCCCAGCAGAUUGUUAUGCAGUUUUCGGAGCAGUUCAAAAAACUGAUGAAACACCCCAGGAGACCCUGCAGCUGCAAGGCAUGUGUGUCUGAGCUGGGACUUUCCUUGUGGUUUGAUGAGAGGUUUAAUCAAACUAUGCAACCUCUCUUGACCACCCAAAACACCUUGAUUUCUCCAGACAGCUACAAGUGGUGGCUGAAACUGCAAGGAGAGAAAAAUCCUAAGAAUAUUAAUGAAACCAUCAAGGAGCUGUUUGAGACCAUUUCGGGCGAUGGCAAUCAGCUGCAGGAGAGAAGCUCUUCCAUGUGCAGAAGGUGUGCCGUUGUGGGGAACUCCGGGAACCUCCGGCAGUCUCAUUACGGCCAAGACAUAGACAGCCAUGACUUUGUGCUCAGGAUGAACCGUGCUCCCACUGUUGGGUUUGAAUCGGACGUCGGGAGCAAAACGACCCAUCACUUCGUUUACCCCGAGAGCUUCAAAGAACUGCCAGAAAAUGUCAGCAUGAUUGUCAUCCCCUUCAAGACCCUGGACCUGCGCUGGGUUGUCAGCGCUCUCACCACAGGCACCAUCAACCACACGUAUGUUCCAGUUCCUCGCAAAAUCAAAGUGAAGAAAGAAAAGAUCCUGGUCUAUCACCCAGAUUUCCUCAAGUAUGUGUUUGACCACUGGCUGCAGCGCCAUGGAAGAUACCCCUCCACAGGCAUCCUGUCAGUCGUAUUUGCUCUGCACGUCUGUGAUGAGGUGAAUUUGUACGGUUUCGGUGCAAACAGCAAAGGGCAUUGGCAUCACUACUGGGAGAACAACCCAUCAGCAGGGGCUUUCCGACAAACCGGAGUCCACGAUGGGGAUUUUGAAUCCAAUAUAACUUCGACUCUUGCUGCUGUUAACAAAAUACGUCUUUUCAAGGGCAGAUGACCCUUCCCAGAGAAAGGGAUUUGUGACUGCAAUUUCCAGUACACAGGGCAUGUACCGAAGCACGGAAAGGGGCAAAGUGAGGAUGAUCCAGGAGCUGGGCAGCUUUGGAUGUCUGCACCUGCAGUUGAUUAAGAGCAUCUCACUACUGCGGUGGCCACCGAGCAGAACAGUACUGCUUCCAGACUGAACUUGAUUGCCUCAUUUGAGAAUACAGAUCUCGGGGACAUAGGAAUCAAUUGUGGGCCAUACAUGAUCUGCUGAGAUAGGGAAUGAAGGGGAGGAUUAAAUGCUGAAAUAUUGGGGAGAGAGCUGCCUCUGCUGCUAAAGGAAACCAGAUCGUUGCUUUCUAGGAGUUGCUGGAUGCAUGCCCGUGCUUUCCUUGAGUAAGCCAGAGAGGUCCAGAAGAGGAGAGGUGAGAACAACUUCUGGGUGGCUGCAAACAGCUCAGUAAGGAUUACCUCAGAGGAACAAGUUCACAUAUUUCACUAUCAGUCCUUUCUUCAAACCAGCUCUUAUAUUCCCUGUGUUAUUUCUAGGCCCAUGUUGUAUUCUGGACAGGCAGGAUGCACCUGACUGGCCUGAUGUAACAGCAGCCUCUGACCUUGCAUCAGUUUGCAUUCAAAGCAUCUAGAAAUCUGGAGAAAAUCCUUCAUCUCUGAAUUUUUUUUUUUAAUGUAGUGUCUUAUACAGCCAUAACGAGAGAAGAAACACGGUUCCAACUGGAAACUCCAGCAAAAAAAUGGCCUUUUUUUUUAGCCAUUUGUUUGUUCUUGGCUUGUUUGUUUUAAACACGACUUUGCUGUUGUCAUUUCUGAAUGCUGGUUUUUAUUUAAACCAUGAGAGAGAAGUGGACUAUUUUUCUUUCAAUGGUUUACAUGUGCCUUUUAUAUUUGUGCAACAAGAUAUAUUUUUUUUAAAGUCAGAAACCCUAAAUUAAACGUUUUAUAGGGGAAAAGAAUUAACCAAAGUUUAGGCUCCAUAUAGUACCGUUUUGUAGUCAACACUAACAACAACAGCUCCGAUAUCCUACUUGAAAAAUGGAAAAAAAAAUCAAGGGUAGUUUUUAAGGUAACUUCUACCUUUUUUAUCAAAAGAGAAAAAAGAAUCAAAAAGUUCCAAGGAAAUUUUUCAUUCUAUUUUUACAAACCUAGAAAGCUACACCUAUUUAAAUUGUAUUUAAGUGGAAGAAAAAUUGGUGGUGAUGUAAACUACCAAUGCUAUAGGAGUCUACAGCACUAUAAUGGCAUAUAUAUGAUAUACCCUGUGUGGUUUGCUUCUGCAGUGCAACCCAGACUUCUGAAUUAUGUGGGUAUUUAGAGAAAUGUAAAUGUUCACAUAGGUACUUCUAUGCAGUGAGGGGAGGGAAACCAAUAAGAAAUGUCAUACUGGGGAGUUUGUCUUGCAGACGUUUUUUUUCCAAAAAUCAAUACAGUGGAUCUUCACCUGUUAACUGAUUGUUAUUGUAAGCAUGGAUUAAAGAGCCAGGGAUCUCCAGGGACGCAUCUCCACAAGCAUUUGCCACGCUGCUCAUUUGUAUUGUGGCAGGUUUGUUUUGACAGUGAGAUCCCAGUGUCAAAAAAAAAAACACACCAAAAGAAGUGGCAUGGCGCACGUGGCUGCAGUGCACGCCACACCAGAGCCUGGCUGGCCAGAACCAUGCUCUGAUUGCCAGCUAAGCUCUGCAUGCCCAGAUCACCACUGCAGCCCUGGGUAGCCCCCAGGACCCCAGAUAAGGCUGCUGGGGCCCCAGCCUCCCUUACACCACCCAGGGCAAUCUGCCAUGUGCCAGAGUACAUGUGCAGUAGCGUGCCAGGGGACAACUAGCAUUGGCGCAAGUAUGUGCCGCUGAUAAUUGUCCCCAGGGAAAUGCAUGUGGGGAUGCAUCCUAGGGGGCUUAUUUGUUUUUUGGGUUUGUUGUUGUUGCUGUUUCUGAGUUUUAAUUUUUUUUUUUUCUUUCAUGAGCAUUGUAGCUCUUGUUUCACAGUAUCAUAAAAAUGGGAUUCAAGGAGCAAUGGGCCCUAGACAUCAUGCAGGAAAGCCAAUGGGAGUCUUCCCACUGAAGUCAACAGCCGUUGAAAAGCCAUGAAACAUUUCAACAGCCGUUGAAAGCCAUGAAAGAGUUGCUAAUUGGCUUGUCCAUGUAUUGUGGUAGUUGAAAUCUGUGGUAAUCUAGAAAAAUAUAUCUGAAAUAAUUUUAUUCUUUUAUUGGCCAAUGGAGUGACAUGUUAAUUCUGAUGCAUGCUCUGGUAGCACUGUAAGUGAAAUACCGGCCCCUUCACCAUCAACUUCUGUCGGGCUGGAUUUUGCCCUGUGGCUUCUCUUAUUAAUGUUUUUGGAUUUGUGGCAGAACUGUACAGUGUAAUGGCAUGGUCACUUGAAAUCUCACUAAUUAGGGUCUUGGUCCUCCAAACACUUGUUAGUGUGAGCAGCUUUACACAGAUAUGUCAUUCCAGUGCAGAGUAUGAAGAGUCAUAGCUGUCAUGCUCUUCUACACUGGGCACCUCUUUCCCACAACAGGACCACCCACUUUCUCUUGGAAAUCCCUUCCUAUUUCUUCAUGACCCCUAGCUUUAGCAAUAUGGAGGGGGCAGGAUUAUUGACCCCUCUGUCAGUAAUCUGAGAUCCUUUAUCCUGGCAUAAUGGCUAAUCCAGUUAUUUUCUGCAGAUUUCAGGAUAAAGUAUAGUGGUAACAACUUACCAUCAUCUAAUGUUGCUUUGUAGAAGAGUGAACCGUGCCCACUUGAAUCCCAUUUUUUAUGUUACCACUUUUUGAUUACUGUAAAAUAACAUGUUUCCAACUGACGUGACAAGCUAAUGUUUCAAACAAAGAGGCUGCGUUAGAAGUGGAGCGGGGGGGGGGGAAGGAAAUACCACUUUAGACAUUUCCAUUUUCAGUCUGUGGUACAGAGGCUCGGUUUGGCAGAAACCUGUACAUCUUGAAUGCGCCAUAUUUUUAUACUUCUUUUGUCCAGGGUCAACUUGCAGCUAAAUCCUCCUUAUAUUUAAAAUGGAGAAUGCUUUCAAAGGUAUGUGGCACAGUUCAACACUCAACUUCCAUUGGCUUUUCAUAGGAGCUGGCAUUUUGGGAUCUAACUUCAACUGAAGGUCAAUGGAAAAUGGUCACCUCAGUUUCAGUUGGGUCUCUGAAAAUUUCCAUCCUCUCCAACCAAAUUAAAACUUGCUGGGUUUUUUUUUUUUUUUCUAGCAGAGUAUUCCUUAUAAUAGAGGCUGGUGUUUAUGACAUUGAACUAGAAUGCACGGUAUGUCCGUUCGGUCUCCACAGGUCAUAGUCAACUCUACAAUUCUCAUCACUGGCCUGCGGGAAAAUCCCAUUGAACUUUUUUGCUAGCAGCAAAGAAGUACAUUUGGAAUGGUAUCCAUUUGUCAGGGUGUGCAGAGCAGGUAAGGGACCAGACUCUCUGGAGAUAGGAAGAGGAACAAUGCUGAUUUGUGUCAUCCACUUUCCACCUUGAAGAAAAUUGCUAAUAUUUCUCUGAAACUUUUAGAAAUCCAUGUGGGUCCCAAUCAGUCUUUGUCAAGAUUUCUCUGCCUUUUGCUCUGCUGAUUCAAAUGCCCUCAGCAUGAAGGGGCACCAGCAGAGGAGGCUGGAGAAAGAGUCCAUUCUUGUCAUUGUUUGCAAACAGUCUUCCUACUUGGAAAUGCUCUAUAAAAAAGAAAAUAAUAAUAACGUUAAUACUAAAUCAGGUGACAAAGUUUCAUAAUCUUGAACUGCUUUUUCUUACCUUACAAACGCUCCAAAGCAAUUCUUGAUUGCCUGCUUUGUUUUUAACCAAAGCCAUGUCUCUUCAGCACUUUUUUCUUCCAUCUCCAGAUUUGUCUCCUAUAUUUUUGAGUCCAUUGUUGAUUUUGAUAAUCAGUAUUUUUUUUCUGAUUGUAGGGAGUCUGGUCCACUCAUUCUUUGAUGUUUAAUUUAUUAAAGUUUUCACUAUUAUCUGAAUCAUAAUAAAUUUUUUUACUUUAA